GACACGUCUCUCCCUCCCCACUCCCUUCAUCGCAGUUGCACUUAGCUCGUAUCGAUCUGUGCAUAAAAUUGCCCCAUCCCCUCACGGCCACCUACCUACACUCGUUCCUAACUCCACUGAUCCUCUCGCAGAUCGCUCCGGCUUUGCCUGCGAUGGCGACACCCUUUCUGCUCGGCCUUCUGCUCACCGCAUCCGUAGCCACCGCCAGCGGCGACUAUGGGGCUAUCCUCCUCCUCCCCCAUCUCGAGCUCCCAGGCACCCCCGACUCGGACCGUGGUCACGCGUCCGACGCUUCGCCGCAGGGGCAGCUCAUGGACAUCAUGUCCACGAGCGGCUGCGGGAGGUUCGCGGCCCUGGUCGCCGCGACGCCGAACGUCAGCGACGUCUUCCAGCAGCGCCUCGUAGCGGGCGUCGGAGGGCUCACCCUCUUCUGCCCCGACGACAAGGCCGUCGACGCCUUCGAGCCCAUGUUCCGCGCACUCGCCGACGGCGUCCGGGCCAACGUGCUGCUGGACCACGGAGUGGCGGCCCGCUACGACCGGGUGCAGCUCGCGCCCUUCGCCUGGGUGGCGUUGCGCACGCUGGCCGUCGCUGACAACGAGACGCAGCAGACCGUCCUCGUCCGCGACAGGGGCGACAGCAUCAGGCUGUGGCUAGGGCCGACGUGGCCCCGGGACGGCCAGGCCACGGUCACGAAGACGAUCUCGUCGUCGGAGGCCCCCCUCGUCCUGCACGUCGUCGACGCCGUGCUUCUGCGACGACAGAAGCACGACGGAGGGGACGACGCGGCGGUGUGCGGUGGGGAACUUGGCUGGUCGCGGUCGUGGAGGUGCUGACGUCCCGGCUUCAAGAUCUGUUAAUGCGCGUUGGUUAGGAGGUGGAGAAGAAGCCGGCCGGUUCUAUGUUCUGUUAAGAUCGAGUUUCAUGCUACAUUAGUCCAUCUUUCUGUGCGCUCAUCAGUGUGUGAACUCUAGUGCUCUGUUAAGAGUUUCAUGCUACAUUAGUAAUGUGUUAGUGUCGAGUCUGCAUAUGCAUGAUGUUGGAGUGUAUCGUUGUUGCAUUGCACCGUCAGACCGUAGUGCAUGCUGGAGUGAGUUCUGCUGCUCAGCUCCUGUGUAGUAGUCCUGUGCCUCAGCUGCAUUGACCACCGAGAAAUAAUGUCUCUUUAGUGUUCAUCGUUUGCAUAUUUCUUCAAUCGAUCUUGUCUUGUCUG